CCCUUUCUGCGGAAAGUUGUUUUGAAUGAGAUGUGUUGACCCCUCUUCGCACGCGACCCUCAGCCUGCCAAUCAAUCGCCAGCUGUCAGACUGCGCGUGCCAGCCACGAGCCGGCAACUUGGGGGAGGCAGCCAGGCGCAACAUUGAGCCCUCUGCGACGACGAGGGAGUCUGAAGAGAAACGAGCACAGUCGAGUCACCAGUCUAUAACGGGUGCGAUACCCGAUUACACGCAUCCAUGGUGUCGCAUCACGGCGACGGAGUGACCUCAUUGAUGGUGCGGGGGCCCUCUUCAGUCAUCGGGACCAGUUCCAGCGGCCGGGGAACGGGGUUACACAGCUCCUCACGAUCACGGCGGUACAAUCGCUCGCACGCCGGCGGCACGUCCUACGUACCUCAGAAUGAGUUUCCGAUAUUCAGUCAGACCGGCGACGUCGAGAUUAUUGUGCGCGUACCCAGCGGGCAUGAAAAUCGCUACUUGCUCCAUCGGCAUAUCCUUACCCGUUGCUCUGGCUUUUUUGAGGCCAGCACAAGCAAUGAAUGGUCACGUGCGCAAGCGGUACCAGAGCUGCCAGCACCGGGGACAGUUGGGGCGAUCGAGGCGGGAAACGCAGAUGGCGGAGAACUGGCGCGGAUAGAGACAGACCGGGGGGAAAGCAGCGACGGAGGCAGCAGACCUGGCUCGUUGGCCUUGUCGCAACCUAAGAAGAGGUGGAGGUAUGAGUUGGACUACGGGUCGGACGACAACGACAUUCCAAUGUUGGUGCAGAAAGAGGAGAUCGACAAUCCGCCGCCGGUAGCCAACUCGUUAUUCGGUGGUUCUUCGUCGAGUCACUCCUCGAACCGACCCUCCCAUCGCAAGUCAGCGUCGCAUUCCUUCUUCCGGUCCGUCGCCAACUUGAGCCUUUCCGCAACACACGCUUCUUCUCUACCACCACCUACCCCGGAGGAGGAGGAUCUGUUACGAGACUACGAUAACCUUUUCCGCAUCAUGUACAAUUACCCGCCCGUGCUCGAUGCAGUCAACAUUGCCGACGGCUACGUCCAGUGCAAGUCGCUGCUCCACCUCGCUGACCAGUACGAUGCCCUGGCCGUCGUCGGGCCCCGCGUCGACCAUCACAUGCUGCAGUUCCAAUCCCGCUUGUGGAAGCAAAUAGCAAAAUACCCCAUCAGCUACCUCCGCCUCGGCUACCUCGCCCGGUCCAAGGUGAUCUUUCAAGAAGCCCUAAUCCACGUUGUUGGCCAGUGGCCAGCCGGCGAACGCUCCAUCCGCGCGGCGCUCCCCGAGAGCGUCAUUGACAUCAUCGAGGACAAGGUCGACGAGCUCGAGGAGACGGUCAGCCGCGUCGAGGCCCGCCUCUUCCGCCUCACACUGACCACCCGCUCCGGCGAGCGCGUCACCCCGGCCAACAGUUACCUCGAUUGGCUAGCCGUCAGUUUAUUCCGCCAGUGGCUAGCGGAAAACACCAGCCCCCCAAUGCCACCGGCCCCCGAGCGCCCGAGAGGCGGCGGCAGCAGCGCCCGUAACACAUCGGGCCAAAGAGCCAGGCUUGGAAGCAGCGGCAGCGGAAGCGGCGGUAGCGCGAUAAAUGGCCCGUCGGGGGACCACGGCGGGGGAGGCGGUAGCGGGGCCAACGCUAGCAACAACAUGCAAGCCGCGUUACCGCCGGCGACACCGUCGCUCGCGUCGCUAGGACGCACAUACCGCCUUCUCGGUGGGGGCGUAGGGCCCGGCGGCUCGGGAAAAGGAUACCUCGGACACGACGAGUGCAAGCGAUUCUUGAAGCUCACUCCGGAGCUCUAUACCCGGGACAACCUCCGCAAAUUCGAGAAGCGGAUCGAUGAGCUUAAAGCGAUGGCCCGGGAGGUUGUCCGGCCGUUGAUGGGGAGCGGAUUGGAGUUGGAGAUGGUUCACGGUGCUGGAGCCGGGGGUAUUGGUUAUCUGACAUGCAUUACGGUGAGGGACCGGGAUUUGCCGUGGGCAUAUGAGUAAUGGGAUGUGGCGAUGGCCGUGGCAGUUACGAUGAGAUAUUGCUCUCAGCGGGCUGGUACGUGACUGUGGGUGCGUGGCGGGCGGAAUCAGGGGCCUGGUGUCCUGCGAUAUCCUUGUUGGGUGGGCGUUGGGCGGGCUCGAUGCUACGGACAACCGAUGCUUUCCCUUAUGAUAUAUAUGAUGACCGAUGUAACGAACGGAUGGCCAUGUUGUUAAGGAUACCCAUUUAUGGAUAGGAAUGCAAUCUAGGCUCUUCUCUUCCGAGUUGCUCUGCGUCGGAGUCUUGCGGCCCUG